AUGGACUCUGAAAAUGGGACUGGGCAGGAGACUCAGAGAUAUCCUGAACAGCAGGUUAGGGAUUAUCAGGAAGAAAUUAGAAUUGAUGGGUUAUUGAGAGAAGGUAUUUUGAAGAAGCAUAGGCACCUAGCUAGCAUCGACGGCUGGGGCACAGACCAAGAAGCUGAAAAGAGGUCAAUCGAAGCUUAUAUAAGAGAUGUGUGCUGGAAGGAAAGAAAUAAAGAAGGAGACAACCGUACUUAUAAGAUUGUGUAUGUAUCCAAUAUUAGGCGCAGGGAUUAUAGAAAGAUGUGAAAGGACUUUGUGAGUAGGCAGAAGGCAGUCUUGUUUGAGACGUUUCAAGAACCUACAAGGUUUAGGCAGAUGAUGGUGGUGAAGAGUUUUAUAAGUAAUAUUCAUUCUGUAGUGAAUUUGCAGGUUAAGGAUUUGACUAUACAUUGUAAAUUUUUUGUUCAUAUGCUUUUGAGUGGAGUCAACCUUGAGAUGAUAAAAAUAGAUGAUUGAGUUAUUAAAGGACCUAUACUUGCUAUUCCUUUUGUAAGAAGAAAAUAUAGUUUGAAAAUCAUAGCCGUAAAUUGGAAUAAAAUAUAUUCACUUGAAGAGGCGACAUCAAGCCCUGAUUAUUAUGAUCACAUUCUAGGGAAUAUCAGCUUAUGUCCUUGAGCACAGACUCUUCAUCAGAUAACAAUCCAAGGGGCUUAUACUCCACUGGAGAUCACACAAUUCCUCAAAGAAAAAUAUCCUCACAUCCCCAUCAACUUUGUACACUGUCUCAAUUAUUACAAUAUCCAUAAAUUUCAACUUUCAUAAUCCAACAA